AUGGACAACGGAUCAUUACAAAAAGAGAAAUCCUUGGAGUUCAAGCAGAUUGUCAGCCAUACGAAGUGGAAAAAAGGAAAACGAAACUUGCUGCAUACAAUACGCCGCUCAUCGCAAGACCGGAAUGCCCAUAACAAUCAGAAUCGAAUAAGUCAAUUGAAUCUUAAUCAAACGCAGACUACUACCGCAUCUAAUUCAACAAAAACACAGCUGGGACAAUCGCAUUGCCUCAUUGGUGAAGAUAAAACCGGCGACGAAUCGACCGAGUCAGAACGAACAAGCUACCUUGAGCAGAUAUGGAACGCACCACCCCAUGACGGCAUUAUUUCAUCUAAUUCUGUCUGUUUCCGCGAUCCAGGGUACUAUGCACCAGUCUCGCUAUAUCCGAGAGAUGUCUCGCCACCAUAUGGGCCAGGUACUUCGGCCUCAGAACUAGCCGCUGAGCAAACGAGCGCUAUAGACUGGGUCGAUGUUGCACCUCAAGAGAUAUUGGAAAUGACCAUUAAUGGCGGAGACAACUCACACCAUUCCGAUGAAAUGAUGUGGAGUAUGCCGCAAUAUACCACCUCGACCAUACCGAUACUUACAGCUCCGGACUACUGUAUAAACCCAUUGAAUACGUCCCCGCGUGGACAGACCUCGGUGUCAGAUAACCCUACACCAAGAUGUGCAACACCUAAAACGAUAACGCUAGACUCUCAAAAAGAGGAUGCUUUGUUUAUGCAUUACCUAGACGAUGUAUUCUACACCCAGAACGCCUUCUACAACCCAGCGGACAAAUACAAAAGAGCUUGGUUGUUUUCAGUCAUCAAGCAAGUCAAGCCAGCUUACUAUGCAACCUUGGCUUUAAGUGAACGCGACCUUCUCAUCUCCUCGAUGCCUCAAACUCAAAAUAUGGAUAUUGAAGCUUUGACAGAGCGGUUAAGGGCCAAAGAUAGCUACUAUGACCUCGCGGCUCAAGGUUUGAAGUCAUAUCUCGAUGAUGCUCAAAACUUGCAGGGCCAGAGCGACUUAGCCCGUUGCGUGGAGGGUCUUACAUCUAUUCUUCAAGUUCUAUAUUGGGAGCUUUUGGCUGGUGGAAGCAGGAAUUGGCAGGGCUUUCUUCGCUCAGCCUCUCCUCUCAUAGCCCCUCUUAUAAAGAUGCGACUGCCCGAUCAAUCGAGUACCCAGCCCAAAACGCAACAAACAAGCAAAAAACCCUUGACUCCAGAGCAGGACGGCGCCACAUGCGUCUUGCUUGGAUCUUUUAUAUCUCUGGACAUCCUCGCAUGUGCAUCAACGCGUAGUGCACCUUUCCUGGAUAUCAACCAUCUCCAGGCUCUAAGUCAACUCGGUAUCACAAUGGAGCGUAUGAUAGGGUGCGAAAACUCCGUCUUAUCACUCAUAUUCGAAAUCACCGUGCUGGAUAAAUGGAAGGCACAGUCGCAGGCAACACACAAGCUAAGCAUUCUCGAAUUGGCAAAACGUGGUCUACAUAUUGAGCAACGUCUUCAGCAAGAGUUAGCAGACCUCAACAUGAGCACAGAAUCAUCACCACAACCAUCGAAUCAUCCUUCGGUGAUUCAUGCCACCCCGUCCCACAAAACAGCCACCAAGGCCUAUGCUCUUGCUGCCAUCAUCUACCUACACGUCGUCCUAUCAGGCCCCUACCCCGAACUUCCAGAGAUUGCAGGGCCCGUCUCUGACGCAAUAGCGCUGUUCCGAAUCACUCGAGACAAUCCAAAGUUGCUGCUGAACAUGAUCUGGCCGCUAUGCACAGCAAUUAUGGAUACCAACACCUUUGGCACCAUUGGCCUCGACAAAAACCACACCUCUCAUCCCCUCAGAGGCGAUGAAAUCCAUGACAAUGUCCACAAUGCCUUGAAUGCAGCAGUAGCACCCGACCCCGAAAAACAAGCCAUCAAGACCAAGGCAGAGACCGCUCCUCGCGAAAUAUCAGGCUUCAAAUGGGCACUCGUCGUCGCAGCCAUCUACAGCUCCCAAUUCCUGUUCGCCCUCGACAACACAAUCGUCGCAAACGUCCAGCCAGUCAUAGUCGAGCACUUCAAUUCCGUCGCAAAGCUCUCAUGGAUCAGUGUUUCGUUUCUGAUUGGUUCUGCCGGCACAAAUCUCAUCUGGGGUAAAGUCUAUGCUCAGUUCAAUGCCAAAUGGACUUAUAUUGUUUGUGUGGUUGUCUUUGAAGUUGGAUCGGCUGUCUGUGGAGCUGCACCGUCUAUUGAUGCGUUCAUUAUUGCUCGUGCUAUAUGUGGUGUUUCUGGAGCGGGUAUGUAUGUCGGACUCAUGACACUGCUUGCCGUUACAACGACCAUUCAGGAACGUCCCAUGUACGUGAGUGGUGCCGGUUUUACCUGGGGUCUCGGAACGGUCCUUGGUCCUAUUAUUGGGGGAGCUUUCACGGACUCCUCGGCCGGAUGGCGUUGGUCAUUCUAUAUCAAUCUCUGUAUUGGUGCCGUGUGUGCUCCCGUCUAUCUGUUCAUGCUCCCAUCGGACAAGGAUCCCCGUCCUGGCGUUAGCUUUCUUGACCGUGCUCGUGAGCUAGACUAUAUAGGUGGUACCCUGCUCACUGGCGCUUUUGUCUCUGGUGUCAUGGCAGUGUCUUUCGGUGGAGUGAUGUUUCCCUGGAAUUCCGGAAGAAUCGUCGGCUUGUUUGUAUGUUCUGGCGUUCUCUUCAUACUCCUUGGCAUCCAGCAGACACACACAAUUUUCACAACUGCUGCGCGCCGUAUAAUGCCCGUCGAAUUUUUCAAGAUGCCCACUAUCUUGACUCUUUUUGCUGCAACAGCGGCGGGCGGAACCGCCAUCUUUGUUCCGGUAUAUAUGGCGCCUCUCUUCUUUCAAUUUACGCGAGGCGACUCUGCUCUGCAAUCCGGUGUUCGUUUAUUGCCAUUUAUUUUCAUCAUGAUUGUAGCGGUUAUUGCCAACGGUGCCGUACUCUCCAAGACUGGAAUGUAUAUGCCAUGGUAUCUUGCCGGAGGAAUCCUGAUCGUCAUUGGCGCAGCACUGAUGUACACCGUCGACAUUUCAACCUCCAUCUCGCACAUCUACGGAUACACCGUCUUGAUCGGACUCGGCGUAGGCCUGUUUUCUCAAACAUCCUUCUCAGUUGCUCAAGCCCUUGUGGAGCCUCACAUGAUCCCAGCUGCCGUUGGAUUCAUCUCAUGCGCUCAGAUCACUGGGAUCACAUUAUCACUUGCUAUCGCGAAUGCGGUUUUCUUGAACAAGAGUGAAGAGGGUAUCAAAACCAUUCUGCCCGAUAUACCCAGCGCAGAGAUUGAGCAGACAAUUGCAGGAGCGCAGUCUACUCUUUUGCAGAGUUUGUCGCCAGGUGUCAAGCACCAGGUGUUAGAAGUCAUUGUUGAUGCUCAGAAUAACGCAUAUAUCCUUGUAAUGACCGCAGGUGCCUUGGUGACUUUGCUGGGCCUUACUAUGAAGCGUGAGAAGCUCUUCAUGGAAGCUUCUGCUGGAGGUGCUUGA